AUGCCUUAUCCUGAGUUUAAAUGUGACUUUAGACAGAAUGUGACUCCAAAUCCAUCAGAAUAUUCUCGACAUGCCAGUGUUACAUCUCAUGAAGAUGAUACAGAGUGCCGUAUACUAGAAUUUAGAAAAAUAACAGGAAGUUCAGAUGAGGAACAUCUUGAUAUAUUGCCAUCACCUAGUAUAUCUCCACAAUUAUGGCGUGAUGAUUCCUGGAUGGCUGGAGAUGACACAGAUUCUGAUGAUUCUACAGAUGAAUGUGAAAGAACUCCAGUCAGACUACUUAAUAAAAACAACAAAAACCAAAUUCGACAUAACUUUUGGUAUCCAUACAAAGCUAAACCAUUAAUGAGUGCAUCAAGACAUUACCGAAUAUUCAACGAUGUCCUUUUGCCCUAUACGGUACCAAAAUACAGUUGA